AUGGUAAAAUUAUGGUUGCGAGCAGAAACUAAGCCGAACGAGCAUCGAUCAGCGUUGACACCUUCAACAUGUCAAACUUUACUUCAAAAAGGAUUCCAAAUUACGGUUGAAAGGUCUACAGAAAGAAUAUUCGAGGAUGAAGAAUUUGAAAAAGUUGGUUGUGUUUUAGUCCCUACUGGAACUUGGAAAACCGCACCAUUAGAUACAUACAUUAUUGGUCUUAAAGAACUUCCAGAGAAUGAUGAUUCGCCGUUAUCACAUGAACAUAUUUUUUUUGCGCAUUGUUAUAAAAAUCAAGCUGGUUGGCAAGAUAUUAUAAAAAGAUUUGUUAAGGGUAAUGGAAAAAUUCUUGAUAUGGAAUUUCUAACUGAUGAAAAAGGUCGUCGUGUAGCUGCGUUUGGUUAUCAUGCGGGUUUCGCGGGUACAGCUUUGGGAAUUGAUGUAUGGUCUCAACAAAUUAUUAAUCCAAAACAAAAAUAUCCAUCAGUUGGAUUUUAUCCAACAGAAGAUAAAUUAAUUUCAUAUGUAAAAAAUAGAUUAAAAGAUGCAAUUUUACAAAAAGGAUAUUUACCACGUGUUAUGAUCAUGGGUGCUCUUGGUAGAUGUGGCAUAGGUGCAAGUGAUUUUGCUCGUAAAGUAGGAAUUCAUGAAGAAAAUAUUAUUAAAUGGGAUAUUGAAGAAACCAAAGAUGGAGGACCAUUUCUUAAAAUUUUGGAAUCUGAUAUAUUUGUUAAUUGCAUAUAUCUUAAUCAAAAGAUACCACCAUUUAUUACAAAAGAAUUGCUUGACGAUCCAAGAAAACUUUCAGUCAUUGUAGAUGUAAGUUGUGACACCACUAAUCCUAAUAAUCCACUUCCAAUUUAUACUGUCAAUUCUACAUUCGAUAAUCCAACAGUUGAAGUGAAAACAAAAAAUCCUCAUCCUCUUGAAGUUAUUUCCAUUGACCAUUUACCAACUUUAUUACCAAGAGAAAGUAGUGAACAAUUUUCACGAGAUUUACUUCCCAGUUUACUUCAAUUAUCUGAGCGUAAUACUGCAAUCAAAAAACAACUAUCUCAAAUUGACGAACAAUAUACAAGAUUUAUUCGGGGAUUAACUAUUAAAAUUGAAUUUAGAAAUUUGAUGAAUCUCACGUGA